AUGACAAAGGAACGGCUGCAGGAUUGGGAUGACAAAGAUUCUGGUAAUGGAUUCCAGUUGCAUUCGACGUUUGGUGCUUGGCUACUCCCUAAUUUCCCAUAUCCUGGAUGGUACAAGAAACGCAGCUACGAUCUGUUUACGGCGUUCAAUACACAUGAAGCGGCUACGGCAAUGAUCCGAUACCGAAUGGUACAAGGGCACAGCGACAGCCUUUAG